UGUAAUUAGCUCGUCGGUUGAAUUGAAAGCACGCACAUCGAUGUGCGUCCGCAAUUUCGCGAACGAGUCUUCUUGAAGGCGCUCUCUCGGAAAUGAGGCUAAAAUUAGAGUAGCGUGAAGAAUUUGGGGAAGAUGACGAAUGUCUUUGCCGUGUCACUUGAGGGCGUGAAGAUGGAUUCGACCUGACCCUGAUUUGGGCUGGAUCAGGAUGUGAGUGUGCAUGCAGGGGAAAGGGAGAGAAGACAUGAUGAUCUGAGGGAGGGUACGACCCACUAGCACGUUCAACGACGGCUAGUAAUACUGAUAGUGAAGCUCGCGACGUGGGAUGUCACAAAAAUGUGUGUUUGGGAUGUCGAAGAGGUGAUGUUGGACCUUAGCCAAACACUUUUGAAGGUAAAUUUAUUUCAAAUCAAUAUGGAGAGCGGACAAGCCAUAUUGAGUGUGCCUCCCACUGCCAAUAGCUACAAUGACCAGUAUUUUAUUGAGAAUAUGGUCUUGGACUCGCCUAUGCAUUUGCCAGCCUAUUCCACUCAAAGCUCGACCGGUCCAGAUCCCGAGUCGACUGGGUCCAUCCUGCUCAACUUAGAGGACUUCAAGACUUUGGACAUUGAGAAUCUGAAUUUUCACAAUUUUCAUUUUCAAAUCCAAGCUCCGCCCCAGAUCAAUCCCAAUGUGGAUCCAGUGGCGCCGAUGGGCUUGGAUAGGCUCAACGACAGUGACAUCUACAAUGACACAAUCCCUGUGCCGAACCCUAUGGAAUCUCUACACUUACUGAACGACGGAUUGUCAUCGAUUGUGUGCGAACAAAUUGUGAGCUCCUCCCAACCCUCUCUAACACCUUACACCUAUUCCCCAUCCCACGUGGUGAACAAUGCCCUUCCAUGCGCUGCUUCUUCAGCCCAAUCGUGUCCGACCUCUGUUGUUCCACUGAAUCUGGUGCAACUCGAUCCCGUUGUUCCUCCUCCUCCUCCUCCUUCUAUUCCCCUUACUGCUUCCCACGUGGUAAGAGAGGAGAUCUCCCUAGAGAGCGACAGCCCAUUUUUCCUCUCGGAGAACAAUGACAACAACAAUGCUCCUCCUCCUUCGAUAACGGAGAACAACUUCGCAUCUCCCGGUCAAGAAAGGCUCGACAAAAGCGAUGCAAGAGUGUCUUCGUCUGACGAUUCUCGAGAAGAGCUGACUAUCGAGGAGGAGCAUUUGAUGAGUUUGAGUGUGCGAGAAUUGAACAAAAAACUUCGAGGUUUGCCUAGGUCAGAGGUUCUCCGAUUAAAACAAAAGAGAAGAACACUGAAAAACCGCGGCUACGCUCAAAUCUGCCGCUCCAAAAGACAAGUUCAACGAGUGGAUCUCGAGUCCACCACUAUGGAACUGAAAAAGACACUGGAACACCUACGAAGUCAAUUGCAUGUUGUCGAAUUUGAACGAGAUAAACUUAAAGACGAGCUAGCAAAAUUGAGAGCCUCAUUCUCCUCUUAAAUAAAUGUCAUAUUUCGUUCACGUGAUGUUUUCCUUAUUUUUUUCUUUCCCAACCUUGAGAAAUGAAAUGAAUGCCUCUCGUUACA